GACGAUGGCAGGAAUGAAGGUCCAGCUGGCGUGCGUGCUGCUCUUGGCUUUCAGCCCGUGGAGUCUGUGCUCAGAUUCAGAAGAGGAAAUUAAAGCAUUAGAGGAAGAUUUAUUGGCCAAUAUGCAUACAUCAAAGAUCAGUAAAGCAAGUGUUCCCUCUUGGAAAAUGACUCUGCUAAAUGUCUGCACUCUUGUCAAUAACCUUAACAGCCGAGUGGAGGAGACAGGGGAGCUUCCGGAGGAGGAGCUCAUUACAAGAAGGAAAUUUCCCACCGCUCUCGAUGGCUUUAGCUUGGAAGCAAUGUUGACAAUAUAUCAGCUCCAAAAAAUCUGUCACAGCAGGGCUUUUCAACACUGGGAGCUAAUUCAGGAUAAUGUUCUUGAUACUGGAAAUAACAAAAAUGAGAAGGAAGAAGUUAUAAAGCGAAAAAUUCCAUACAUUCUGAAACGGCAGCUAUAUGACAAUAAACCUAGAAGACCUUACAUACUCAAAAGAGCUUCUUACUACUACUGACAGGAAUGACUUUUCUGUACUUGUGAUUGUGAUUUGUGAUGCUUUACUUAAAUACGGAUGAUGUUUCUGUGAAAAUGUGAAAAGAACACAGUUACUUUGUCUCUUGUGUAAUUGCAGUUUGUUGGAUGUGAUUUUUCAGCAUUAAUAUGAAUUAGGUUAAAUGCUUACAAAUAAAUCUAGACCUUGAGCAUGA